UACCCAUAUGCUCACACCAAAGGAGUUUAUUUAAAAGGAGUUUAGGGUGGGUUAACCACAUGCACAAACCAACCUGAAAGCAGAGAGAGAGACUUCUUUGUACAGCAGUCCUUUAAAGAUACUCCAUUUGGCUUCUUCUCACUUGUGAAGUGUUGAGUUGCUCCAAGAUUGCAUGUGGUAUUUCACAAUGAAGGGGACCAUCAUCUGUUUCAUAUUUUUUAUCAGUUUCAUGGCAGGCUUAGGUCAAAAUCCAAGGCCAAAAAAAAGGAGCAACAAUGAAGAGAUUAAUUUUCAGACAAGAGUUAAAGAUGCCUGCACAAUGACUGUGAAUGGAAAUGGUGAAAUGAAGCUAAGAAUAGAAUGUAGGAAUCAAGGCAAGACUUACUGGUGUGAAUACACUGGCAAACCAUCAGUUUGUCAUUCUUUUAAUAACAAUCCAAGGAUUUUCUGGAAUCAGAUUGCCAUGGAACUAAGGAAACGGAUCAACGCCUGCCACCCCAAUCUGGUUCUGAAGCCUCCCAUGUGCCAGAAGGCUUCUCCCGAAGCACACAUGAAGCAAGUUGCCUUCAGCAUCAAGCCAAAUCCACGUCCUAUCCAACAAGCAGAUAUUGGCAACCAGGCAAAGAUGGUCCAAAAACAACUGCCGUCUUCAAAGCAAAUUAAAGAAAGCCAAGCAGGGAAAGGUUUCCUUAAAAAGUCAGGGAAGCCCAAACCAUCUUCUCUACCUGCUAUAAAACCAACCCAGCAAGGCCCAGGCUCUGAAAUCGAUUCUGAAGCAAUGAAGCUAGCACGGGAGCACUGUUGGGAGUCCCUGCAUAAUGUCUGUUCCUACAUCAUCAGCAUCUUUAGAGGCUGA